AUGCCGACGACGAUCGAGCAGGCUCUAAUCACGCUGGUGCCGACUCUCAAUUCUCUGCCGCAAGAACUCAUCGAUCUCUCGACUUCCCUCCUCGCUCAAUCACGAAACAAAGCCUCCUCUCUAAAACCAGAAGAAGAAAUUGGAAGAACAUACACUUGCGCACACAUCGCCGUCGACCGACUAAAACACCGUCUGGAUAUCGAUAAAGUGGUUGCUAGACCACCUGUUGCGCCGCGCAUCUACAAGAAACUAUAUGGAUACUUGGAUGCAGCGCUGAAAGAGCCUGCGACACCGAGGACGAAUAGGCUCAAGGAUGUGAGUACGACAGGGACGCCUGGAAGCGGAAGAGGAAGAAGAAGUGUGUUGGGUACACCUGUGGGUACGCCGUCCAAGACUCCUGCGAAGAGUGUCAAGAGUGCUGGUGUUACACCAUCGAAGACUCCAGCUUCUGUUGCGAAAAGUGUGGACAGUGUUACAGGGUCCGGUAGACGGACGAGGUCAGCGAAAAAGGCUACAGAAGAGGAGGUCGUAAUACAAGACUCGGAAGAAGAGAGACAGAGGGAGACGGCAAAAGAUCAAGAGGAAGACAAUCUGCCGGAACAUGUACGUCCUAUGGCUGAGGCCGUCUGCGAUGCUCUCAAUGUGCCACAGGCUACGCCACAUGUUUGCGCUGCUCUGUCCGCCAUUUUACCUCUACGAGGCUGGAAAGACACCCAGCCUGAACCAACUCCUCACUCCUCCGCAAAGAAGCGAAAACGAACAUCCACAGACGGAGAAGAAGUCGCCGCGAUUGAGGACUCCUCUACCAUCACACCAUCAUCCCUUCCAGCCCUCAUCGCAGCACUCUCUCUCGUCACGACGUUCACACUUCGCAACACAGUCAUAGACGGCACAACCUACGCCACCGCCCGCUCCUCCGCCAUCACCGCCCUCUCACCAAGUUCUCCUACACCAAAAGACGUCGAUGCUUUCUUGCACGCCAGCAAAACAGAAGGCUGGCUCGAACUCCCCUGGUUCACCACUGUAAAAGCCUCAACCCUCCCUUCCAUCCCUGCCUUACAAACCCCUAAGAAGAAUAAACCACCCGCCAAGACUCCCUUACAUCGAAAAGAGAAACAUGCUCCACGGCCAGUGCAAAAAGAUCUAGAUAUGGAUACAGUGAUGGAGGAUGUGGAUAAGGAGGCAGAAGAGGAAGAUAGGGAUAGACCUGGUGCGGGUUUGAGAUCUGGAUUGGGGACUAUGUUUCAGGAUUCCGUGGAUUGGUUGAGUGGGGACAGGAGGAGAGCGUAUAGGGUUUGGGAGAGAAAGGUGAGGGCUAGAUGUGCAGAGAUUGAGAGCAAAGCAUGA